CCCCCAAUUUCAGACGUGGAUGGGAGAUAAAAGGCCAGCAGCAAUGUAGCAGACACCCCAUCCCCGACGUUCCGGUAAGCGUAGCGGUGGGUAUUUUCACCGUGAACGGAGCGGUAAGGCGAGCCGCAUCGAGCCGCGUGUUCGCCGCGCAACAAGGCGAACCGGAGCAAAAUUGGCCGCCGGACAGCAGCAGCAUCCACUGAGGACCGAUACGGUUUUUGGGGUACUGGCUCAUUGUGGCAGACACAUGGACAUGAGAGAAUAGAAGUUCAGGUCCAGCUGACCUCUGGCUAAGUCCUGACCGUGGGGCUUUGUUGUUGGUGGGCAGGCUAAACAGGCAUUUAUGAGAGUGAGAAGUAAUGAAGUCCAGUAUGAGGCAGUGGCGGAGGCUGGUGCUGGUGGGAAUGUUAGCCUGGGUUCUCCUCUUCCUUGCCCUCCUCUCUUACUUCCUGGAUGCUCGUGUGGAUGAGUCCCUGACCUUGGCUGGCUCUCUAAUCUUCCAGCACCCUGACACCCGUCGCUUGACCUCCAUACAAGCCUCCCAUCAGCAGCAUGCCCAGACAGGCUCUCGAUCUGAACCGGCUUUAAUAUUAACUACAACUUACCCAAGAGAUGAGCCUGAGCCUUCUGCCAGGUCCAUGACCCCAGAGUCUAGCCUUGAGGUGAGCCACAGUCCCAGCAGUGCUCCCUAUGCCAUUUAUGGUAGCCAGGAAGUCACCCACCAGGACUUCCUGGAUUCCCAGAGCCUGGCCACCUGGUCAUCCUUUGGCGCAGAGAACGUGGGUUCUCAUUCAGACCCUGCAGUCCAAAGUCGUGAGAGAACGUUUCAGGUCACAGAGUAUCAGAACCAAGUGGGCGAUGCACAUAAUCGUGGUGGGGAAGAAGAAGAAGAUGAAGAUGAACUAGGAAACAGAAUGGGGAAUGCAGCAGAGAGGAGGGCGGGUGGUGACUCCUCUAAUCUGGAUCAGGAAUAUUACUUCUCCAAGUCAGCGUCUGUGAUACAGCGGCUGUGGCGGGGUCAUGUGUCCGCCGACAUGUUGAGUCCUCGGCUGCAGCGCGCCAUGAAGAACUACAUGUAUGCCAACAAACACCAUGUUUCCUAUAAGAGGCGUCACAGGGCUGCCCUGAGUGCCAAGGAACUGCUGUGUCAAAUGAAAGCCCAGGCCCGGCUGCGGACAGUGGACGGGUGGGAGCAGCCCUUCUCCUCACUUGGCUGGGCUCGUCUUGUGCCACCCCUUCCUCUGGAAGAGUUAUACAGGCAGCAGGACGGGAGCAGCUUCAAGACCUGUGCGGUAGUCACCUCGGCUGGUGCCAUCUUGCAUUCAGGACUGGGCAAAGAGAUUGACAUGCAUGAUGCAGUUUUACGGUUCAACGCUGCACCUACAGAGGGAUAUGAGAGAGAUGUGGGGAACAAAACCACUAUCCGCAUCAUCAACUCUCAGAUUUUGGCCAAUCCUAAUCAUCAUUUCAACACAAGCUCUAUCUACAAGAAUGUGACUCUGGUGGCCUGGGACCCUGCACCUUACACUGUAAACUUACAGAAGUGGUAUGAGAGUCCAGACUACAACCUGUUUGGUCCAUAUGUGGAGCACCGCAAGCUCCAUCCUGGCCAGCCCUUCUACAUCCUUCACCCCAGCUACAUUUGGCAACUCUGGGAUGUGAUACAGGGUAACACUCAGGAGACCAUCCAGCCCAAUCCUCCCUCAUCUGGCUUCAUGGGCAUCGUUCUGAUGAUGGCGCUGUGCGAGCAGGUGCACGUGUACGAAUACAUUCCCUCCACAAGGCAGACAGACCUGUGCCACUACCACGAGCGUUAUUAUGAUGCUGCCUGUACACUGGGUGCCUACCAUCCCCUCCUGUAUGAGAAGAGCCUGAUCCAGCGGAUCAACAUGGGCCCUGAGAGUGACCUCAGGAGGAAGGGACGGGUCACGCUCCCAGGCUUCAGCACCGUCGACUGUGACAUCUGAGAUAUGAAACUUGAUCCUCUGAGCCUGACAUUACACACACACACACACACACACACACACACACACACACACACUGGCCUUUUCUGGCUGACUAAGGAAGAGGUGCAAUAAAGCCACUGGAGGCAAGGAGGCUGGAGCUUACAAGUUUAAAAUUAUACCCAUGGAGAACAUAAGCCAUAGCCCUCCAGGGUGGGAUCAGCAAGGAGCCCUUUGAAAGACCUCGUUUUAAUCAAGAUGGUUUAUUAGACCAGAAAGUAACCGGACGAGUCUACAACAUGAAGCUGAAAAAUACAUUUCUCUCUGCUUUAGCUGAGCCACGUUAGCUGUGGAGCUGACUAGGGUAGCAACAGAUCAAUGGUUUUAGAUAGGGUUUUCAAUAACUGUGUGUGUUUUAAUGGUGUAAAAUCCGUUUUUAAAUAGUAUGGGUGGUUCUCCACUUAAAGGAGAUGCCACUGUUUAACGGUGGAUAUUUGCGAUUUAUGUUUAUUUUUUACUGAUCCAAAUUGUUGUGAAUAAGCAAAGAAGUCACCAUCCAUGCUGAAUGUCGGAAAUGCAUCACACAUUCACACAAACGCACAGUUUUACUGUACAUGGGUGGAGAAGAAUGCAUGGUAUUAAAGACAGAGUUAGUGUCUCCAGAGUCGAGCUGUCACCCCAGUCACAUUACUGUGUGUUCCAUGUGCAUCUUUGUGAAGUCAGAAGUUGGGUUUCCUGUUAUCACGAGGGAUUAAUUUUUCACUACUGAUGCUGUUAAGUUUAAUACUGAAUUACUCUCCUGUGCACGCUGACUUAUAACCACCAGGAUGUCACGCCUUGUUCACAUGCUCAGGAUGAUUCCUUAUUCAGUAUUAAGAAACCUGUCUUGCACUUAGAAGUUUACAGGAAAUCACUGGUUGUCCUCUUUUUUGGAUUCGUCCUACCUAUAAUAACAUUUUUUUAUACUGAUGGUAUCAUUAAAUCAAUGUAAAUGGGGCCAAAGUGGAUCUACAGAGCAAACAGGUGCUUAGAACAGCUGUAACCCUGUGCCUAGUGGCCAACUGAACACUUUCCUCGGGUUGCCUUGUGUCUGUUCAGAUACAUGCAGUACAUACUGUGGCAGGACUGCAGUACCAUGGUGUUCGUUUGCCAUGACAGGUGUGGAGCAGCUGAUGUUUGUGAAGUGAUGCAUGUCAGGGGAUCCUUAGCUCUGCCUCAGCAAUCACCAUCCCCUGGUUUUGACAGUCAGUUUCCUCUUAUUGAAUGUAAUUUUACUACUCUGUGUAAUGGUGAUACCCAUCCCGGAGCUCUCUGCAGCUGUAUGUGUAUCUCAUUGCAGGGUUAUUUCUUUGUUGUGCGAUGACUCUCAUUUCUUACAAAUUUAAAUGUCUCACAUUUCCUGAAUCCUCCUACGUGUCCAGAAGUCAGAGUAGGGGCUUUUAUAAAAGAGGAAUUUGAGCUAGUAAUAUUAGAUUUGCUGUUUAGCUGGCUAGGCUUAUUUUUACAUUUACAGUGAGUCAGUGCCACAUCUGCAGCAUGGUAUUAGCUCAGUGUGGAAACUGUAGGCAUGAAGUCAGAAUAAUCUCAUCUAGAAGAAAGAGACUUCCUGUGCCAUUGGUUCUGGUUUGAUAUAAGAUGUGAACACGUCACAGAAGUGUUGCUUUGAGCCUGGUGUACUCUGUGUUGAAGAAGGUGGCUCUGUAGUAGUAGUAGUAGUAGUAGUAGUAUCAGUAAAUGAUUCGGAGGCUUAGCAUUGCUUGUUGUGGGGUAGGGCUGGGUAUUAUUCACAAUUUGUCAAUACAAGUACAAACACAUUGUGCUUGUAGCCACAGUUUGUGUCCCUCACGCAUACAUUUAGGUCACAGAGGUAGGCAUCAGUUUCUCUAAAAGAUAUGAGUUCAUUAGUUGUAAACUGGCAGUGAUUGUGUUUGUCUUCCUUUUAUUAUGACAUAUUACUUUUAUUUGAUCAUUGGUUUUUAACUGAGACCUAUUUUAUUUGUUAUUUAUUUCUAACAUGCUUAAUUUUCUUAUCUGAUUUGUUUUUAUUCAUCAUAGAGAGUUAUCAUCUCGAUGUGUUGUAUGUGUGUGUGUGGUGAGCCAAGGACAAAUUUCCACAGCUGUGGUAGACAAAGUUAGAUUAAAGCGAACUGAAUAAUUUAAUCUGCGAUGUUUGAAAAGCUAUAAAGUCAUUUAAAAUCACUUACGUAUGUGGUUAUAUUGCUCAGCCCUACUUGAUAGGUUCUGAUACUCCCUGCUUUGGGCAUUUUGUUCAGACUGAAGAAGGUACUGAGGCUUGAUGUCCAGCCCAACUUUCUGGUUGAUUAUCUGGCAUGUCAUUCCUUAACAAGGAACCCAGUAAGAUCAGCAAGUCUUAAAGAACUGCAAAAUAAUAAUAAAAAAAAAAAAUAGACUGAAGAAAGCAUUUUUGAAGCUUCAGUCAUUCUUCAUCAUGCAGGUCGUCAGCUCUGCUGUAGAUUUUACGUUUCUCAGAUGAGAAAUGAUCAGAUGUUUUAUUGCUUGUGAUUGUAACACACUGAAGGUGCAAAAACCCUGAACAUUUUGUAUGUGUAUAUUUCUAAUAACAUGACUUACGUUUCAGUGCACAGAGCAUGCAAAUCAGGAUCAGGGCCAAGAGUCUUAAACUGUCUGUGCUGUACUGUGCUGCAAGUAGACACCAUUAUCAUUAAUGUUGUGAGAGGCGAUUGUAACAUUUGUUUUUCCUCAAGUGGUGUUUUGCAGAUUUUAAUGCAUGCUCAUGGACAGGACACUCUCAUCCAUCUGUGGUGGAGUUAUAAGUAGUUCCCUGGGAGCACUUUUGUUAUGCCGUCUGGCAACUUGAUCUUUGCAGCUUAAUAUUGUGCCAAAUUUAAUUUUUACUUCUGUCUUAGCCGAAUGAGUUAAAUGUAUGAUGAGGGCUCGGAGAAAUAGCAAGACCUCUAAGGUGCUAUUGCCUCUCUCUGAAAUGCUUAAGGUGGAAUCCUCUUUAAGAGACUUUUUGCAGUAUACAACAUUGUACUGAAACAUUAACAUUUCAUGUUUGACCAGUGGUAAAGUGGUGAGAUGAGAAAAUGUAUUUGAAAACACUUUCUUAUAUUUUGCCCUCCCAGCCUCUUUCUCUCCACUCUUUAUUCUUGAAGCCUAUUUUUUUAUGUCUUGUUUUCAUUCAAUAUUGUGGGAGUUGCUUCACCACACUGCCUCUUAAGGACUGUUCAACAUUUAAUUUUGUUGUCUACAUUUCCCUCCUGCAGCUUAGUUCAGUAUUCCAUAAAAGAGGAAGAGAAAAAAAAACAAGCAUCCACGAAUGAACAUGGUAAGAGUGAGGGUCUGUUUCACUCCCAACAGCCUUAGAGUUCUUCUUGACAUUGCCAGUGAAUUUCUUUCUUAUUACACUUGAAUUGAUUCUUAAAUAGACCAUUUAUGUGAGUUCAGCUGUUGUAAUUUGUCUUUUUUUACAGUGUAAAUAAAGCUGUUGUACAUGUGAAA